AUGUAUAUUACCGUCAAGACGUCCUUGGGGAGGCACACUAUCAAAGCCGAACCAAACGAUACGAUCAAUGAUUUCAAGCAAAACCUACACCACAAGACAGGCAUUCCACCUGCCGGGCAACGCCUUUUAUUCAAUAACAGGCAGCUGGGAGAUGGUUGGGUCUUGCUCUCCGAGUAUCGCAUACAGGAUGGGUCUGAACUCAGCCUUGCCCGCAUACGGAUUUCGGUUAGGGGCCCUACUGGACGGAUUCACAUCUUUGAGGCAGAAUUGCUCGAUACUGUCAGUAUCCUCAAGGCGAAGAUUUAUCGCAGGACUGGCAUCCCACCCUGGGAGCAGCGUUUUAUAUUUGAUGGCAGGCAGCUCGAAGAUCAAUUCACUCUAUCCGAAAGUGGCAUCCAGGAUGAGGACGUUAUCCAUCUAGCACAUCAUCGUCGGGUGACGAACGAUCAACUGCAAUGUUAG